AUGCCGUCUCUAGGGCCUACGAUUGAGCAGCGUGCCCACAUCGACCGCUUGGUAUCGUCAAUACCGGACAGAACUCUCCCGACCUAUCAACACCCGACUCACGAUCAACUAUUACGUGAUCAUCUAAUCCCCAACACGCCCUUCCUCUUGACAUCUUCAAAUACCAGUCAGUGGCCUGCUGCUAAAGCCCUUCGAACUCCAGGGGCAAAGACCGGCAAAGCUUCCGACCCCGACCUGAGAGGACUCCGACAGUACGCCCACCAUGUCGUGCCGGUAGCAAACACCCUCAAACCGCAGUUCUCUGAAUUCGAGCGCACCGAGCGACCAUUAGGAGAAGUUCUAGAUCUGUGGGAGACCGAUAUCAAUGCUGCUAGGGGACUCUAUGUCAAAGACUGGCAUUUGAUGGCGGAGAUUGAGAGUGAGGGAAGAGGCGUUGGAGAGGUGUAUACUGUUCCAGAAUGUCUCAGAGACGACUGGCUGAACCCUCCAUACACUCCUUCUCCACGAGCUACCCAUUCCGAGUCGGUCUCGACCUCCACUUCCGACUUUCGCUUCACCUACGCUGGGCCUGCCUUGACAUAUACACCCCUCCACCGCGACGUUUACGGCUCAUACUCGUGGUCGGCGAAUGUCGUCGGGCGGAAAGUGUGGUGGCUAUUCCCUCCAGACAGAUUAGACAAGAUUAAAGAUCAAAAUGGCGAGCUAUACUUUGACGUGAGAGAUUUGGAAGAUGAGGGUGAAGCAAUCAAGGUACUGCAGCAGGAAGGCGAGAUCAUCUUCGUCCCUUCAGGAUGGCACCAUCAGGUGCUCAAUAUCGACUUUUGUAUAUCCAUCAACCACAACUUCUUCUCCUCUCCUACUCUUCCCCGAAUAUACGCGACACUCUGCCUUGGUCAGAACCGCGUUGAAGAGUCGAUCCUCGACGUCAAGGAAAUGAUCAUCGAUCGCCUGGGCACGAAAGACGGGUCUUGGGAGAAGGAAUGGUUUGACGAAGUGCAAAGUCUUUUGGAAAUGGAUGCUGGGUGGAAUUGGAAGGGAUUUUGGGCAACAGUGAAGAAAAAUCUCGAGAUGAGCCCCUCACUCGAGCACGAUUUGCCGCCAGCCCUUCUGCAAUAUGAUUGGGUCCGGGAGGUGAUCGCCAAGUACAAGGAGAGGCGAGAGUGGCUGGUGUUGGAUGCCGUGAAGAAUAUCGUGCUUGAUAUUGAGCGACUUCUGGCGUAG